AUGGCAGAAAAGCACACGAAAGAACGAAAGCGAAAAGAGGAAAGAACGAAGGCGGGCGUGGAGGAAACAGCCGGGUGCCAGCUGGCGUCGCUGCUGUACGACUACUACGCGCCGUCGGCUCCGUCCCUCGCCUCAUCAUCUCCGCCUGCGCUCGCCCACCGCCGCUCCGUCGAGCAGAUCGACCUGGUGAACGACGCGCCGCCUCGCACCACCACAACCGCCGCCGCUGCCGCCUCCGCCUCUCCGUCCUCCUCGCCCAUCAUGCUCACAUCAUCAGCAUCAUCACCGUCAUCGUCCUCAUCACCAGCAAAGGUGUCGUCAUGGUCGUCAUCGCCACCAUCAACGUCGGCACGUGCUGUUGUGGGCGGCCGAUCGAGCAGCGCCACCAUCGCUGCGGCCGCCGCACCAUCAUCAGCAACCUUGAGUGGUAACCACAAUGACGACGUUGUUGAUAAUGGCGCGCCGGCCUGGGCGGUCGCGACGCCCGGGCUCGGUGCGCUGGGGCCGCACGCGACGAGCAAGGACGAGGUCUAUUCGACGCUGUCGCGGAUAGGGGUAGGUGCGGGCCUCUCGUUCCUCGCCCGACGCACCAUCACGAGGCGUCGCCAGUCGAAGAAGAGCCAAACGAAGAAGCAACGCCGGCGCGACGACGACUCACCGUCGGCAGCCUACCAGAUGCUGCUGCCCGCGCCCGCACCCACUCAGCAGUCCGUCCGGCCUGGCGCGCAUGCCACGCAGCCCGCCGCGACCACCCGAUCGCACGGCCUCGCAGCGCCAAUAGAGGCGAGGGUGCAACGGAGCCGAGCACCGGUGGAACGCGACCCGCUCGUGCCAUCGGCGUCGCGCUGGCACUCAUUCACCACCACCACACGGUCGCCGCCAUCCUUUCCGGCUUCCACCAACAGCUCAACCGCGAGAGGCGACCACCAGCAACCGUCCAUGGACGCUCUUCUGCGCCUCUUUCUCCCGAGCGAUGACGACGACGAUGCCAACGACGAUGGCGCCCGCCAACUUGUUACCUCCGAUUGGAGUCGGCAGGAGCAGUUUGAAGCGGCAGCGGCGGCGGCGGCGUCUCCGCGGCUGCUGACAGUGGCGCAGGACCUCCAUUUGUAUGCGAUCACGAUGAGCCACCUCCAGGCCUACCGCAGCAAUCUGUGGCCCAUCGUUCCCCUCAACCCCGCGUGCCUGCUCGAAGACAGCAUCAAGAUGGUGCUAUCAAGCGAAGGCGAAGGGGCGACUCCGCUCUCGCUCAGCGUGCACAUCGGCCUCUCACUGGGAGCGAUUCUGGCGGGCCACACACAGCUAGCGGUCGAGUUUCGAAUGAAGGCCCGCGAGGAGCUCAGCUACAUCUUCGACCAGCCUGAAUACGCCAUCGCCCAAGCGCUGGUGGCGAUGGCCUAUCUGGACGUCCGGCUGGGCCGGGAGGAGCUGGGCGAGGCCGGCGGCCAGCACCUCUACUUCCUCAAGCUGGCCACCACCCUCUGCCGGCAGAUCGGCGCCCAGAAUAGCGAUGUGUACUUGCGCAGUUUGAUCAUCCUGGCGCAGGUGGACACCAACUCGGAAGAGGCGACGGCCGAGCUGCACAGGGAGUACGCGCAGAUGGAGCGGUAUCCCUACGACCCGCUCUUUUCGCUCAACCGGCACAGCCGGGACAUCAUCCCGAUCUCGGCCACCGCCCUCUCCCGCAUCACCUAUAGCUGCCGCAUCAUUCUCCAGGCCGUUCUCGGUGUGAAGCUGGCGAGGCAGCAGCUGGACAGGGCCGAGCGCGAGGGGCGCAUGGACGGCGUGGGGAGACUCCACGACACGUUCCACGGCUUGCUGGAUCUCAUGGACCGCAUGGAGACCCAGUUCCACCAGUACUACCGUGAGUCCGGCGGCAAGAGCAAUCCAGAGUUCUCGGAUUCGGUCUAUGUGUCUCUUCGGCUGUACCUCUACCGUCUGAGGGCUGAAUGCUGGCGCAGCCUGUCGCAGCCGCAGAUGGCGCUGGGGUGGGCCAAGGAAUUCCUUCGCAUCGGUUCUCUUCCGGCCAGCAUCUACGCGAGCAAUGGGAGCUUGUCCAUAUUCUCCGUGGUUGACGUGUUUCGAGACAUGCACGAGGUUGAUUCGAUGCGACAGCUGCUCCAGAUCUUGGACCGGUGGGUGGUCGCUUUCCCGGCGCUGCGCAGCGCCAAGCGCAGAUGCGCGGCGGUCCUGGGCUCGCCGGAUUUUUCCUCCUCCUCCUCCGCAUCUCCGCCAUUCCCCACGCCACAAGCCGCGCGGCUGCCCUCCUCUUCGCCGUCGUCAUCUUCAUCUUUACCGUCGUCCGGCCCCGACCCGCGCAUCACCUGA